AUGGUACACUCGGCAAUCAUCCUAGCCCUUUUUGCCCUCGCCGUACACGGUGCACCCAGGGGAAAUAGAGAACAUGACGGCGCACACAGAGUCAUCUGGGUACCCGUGCCCGCGGAUACCACAGUGGCAGCGCCAACCAACACGGCGACGUCUCCUACUCGGGCAAACGGGUGCGUGGCCGAGUUAUACUCGGUCGGUCGAGAAGAUGACAAGAUGGCAAUGCUUGUGCAGGGUGCGCGAUCCACCAAGCCAGACCAGGCCGCAGUUGUACAGUUUGCUUCGACGACGAUCAGCAGGCCCUCAAAAGUGACCUCGGUUGCGACCAGAACAGUAUCAUCGAACAAGUUGAGUCCCACGGGAACUAGCACCACGACAAUGACUACUGCUGUGACAAUGCCGGGCAAAAGGCCGUCUGACACGCCAUCGCGUGGCCCGGACGACGGUGUUGAAACCAAGACACGCAGAAGUGUCUUUUACGUUGACAAGUGGGGCGCUCAUGGUGCCAACUUCACCGUCCCUCUGUACAACUACGAACCGGUAGCCCAAACGCCAUUCUCGCUUGUCAAUGCUAGGAGCGCCAGUCUUGAAGGCAAUUACUUGAGAAGAAUGCGCCUAAAUGGCGUUGUUGUCUGGGAACCCUCGGAUGACAGGCCCAGCGAGGACAGUCUCACGGUCACGCUUAGCCACAGUAUGAGACGGCUGCAGAGUUCACGAAACAUGCCCAACCACUCAGGCAGGGAGCUUGCUAGCAUUCACAUGCUUUCAUAG